UCAGUUGCUCCAUAAGGUACUGACUGCCAAUGACCUUUUCCAUAAUGAAUUCAUACAUUUGUUUUGCCCUGGUAGUUGGAUUCUCUUCAAUUUUUGGUUUUUCUAUGCUAACGGACAGUGACUCACAGAAUACGACAUAUUCCGAAGAGGCAGUGAGUAUACCUAAAAACACCAAUGUAUUUCAGCAACUUCUGAACCAGGAAACCAUAAUUAGGAUGAGUAUGGUGAAAAAUAUCCAUGUCCUAAUGAAAGACAUGUUGAUUCUGAAGCAAAGUUUGCUCUCCGCGGAAGAUGACAUUUCUACAUUGAAGCAGACGACAACCGAGUUGAAGAAGGAUUUACACAAGCUGGAACAAGAAAACGAACGUCUUAGUAAGGAGAACGAUAAAUGCAAGGAAAAUUUAAGUGGCAUUCGUGAAACCGAGAAGAAUACAUCAGACAUACUCGCGGACAUGAAGAUCGAAGUUCGAUAUUUGUCAAUAACUCUCUUAAAUCUUAAUCAAAAAGUAACGGACGACUACGAAAAUGUACCCAAACUCAUUGAUAACAAGUACAGCUUGGUGUCUGCAGAGAUGAAUAUGUCUCUUGUUGAUUAUCAAACGGAUUUAACAGCCGUGGCAGAUGAAAUGAACAAAACCAUCCACAGACUGCGGCACGAAGUAAAACAGUCCGAGUUUGAGCAACUCAAGCUGUCGUCUGCUGUGUCUUCUUUGGAAGUGUUCCGAAUGAACUUCUCGAAAAACGAUUGUGAAUCUUCCGAAAAAGUGGCCUUCACUGCAGGAAUGACGGCGUAUGACAGCUCCUUUUCAGACGGAACGUUAGUGUUUCCCGCCGUCAUCACCAACAUUGGAAGCGGUUAUAACCCAAGCACCGGGAUAUUCUCAGCUCCCAAUGACGGUCUCUACGUGUUUUAUGUCAGUGGUCUAGAGUAUAGCACAAAGCAUCUUAGAUUAGACAUAGUUUUGAACGGGAUAUCUAAGGUUAGAUUAAUUGGCGAACGUGCCGCAUCAUACCAGACGGGUACCAACAUGGUGGUGUUGAAUCUCCAGCAAGGAGACAGAGUGUGGGUGAAACAUACCCAUGGCGCCGGUUAUUAUUCUCAAACUGUGCCUAUCACAACAUUUUCUGGCUUUCAAAUAUAAACUAAAGUAUGUGUAUACAAUUGUUUACAAACUUGUGUUGAUAUACUCUUCUCUCGUAUACAUGUAUUGAUAAGCGAUGUAUGAUAUUGUUAAGCCGUUCUUGGCACACUGAUUUUGACUGCGGAUAACUCCGUUUACCUGAUCAGGAUAUGGGGCUCACGGCGGGUGUGACCGUUCAACAGGGGAUGCUUACUCCUCCUAGGCACCUGAUCCCACCUCUGGUGUGUCCAGGGGUCCGUGUUUGCCCAACUAUCUAUUUUGUAUUGCUUGUAGGAGUUAUGAGAUUGAUCACUGUUCGUUAUCUUCACCUUGCAUUCCUUGAUAUCACUAUGAUCUGGUAUCCUAUUGUUUUGCAUUGUUAUGUCAUAUAUCAAUAAAAGCCAUUGCAUCGUU